AUGACUGAUCCAGCACCAGCUAAGCAAAAAUGCACAGAGGAGGAACUCACAGCGAACUUCAAUGAAGCAGUCAAUAACUUGAGAGAAGCUUACAAUGCAGCAAAUGAAGAUGAAAAAGUACAAAUCUUGCUUCUCAUGGACUCAUUAAACGACAAGGCUUCUUCUAAACUUGAUUCAGUCGAUUCCGAUCUAGUGCAUUUUCUAACUGAAAGAUUCAAAAUUGUUGAUCUUCGAAAACUCAUUGGAGAUCUUCAAAAAGAAUUAGGUCUUCGCUCUAUUGAAUACAUCAAAAAGGAAAUAGUAAUAAACUGGUUCAAAUCCUUCUGGCCGAAAAUUUCGACAUCCAAUACUGACGCUUGCAAGGAUUUCUGCACAAAAUAUGAAGAAUUUCGCAACAGCAGGUCUACUAAUUAG